UGGUGCUUAAUUUUCUGUUUUUAUAUAACAUAUUACAUGUGCUUUAAAAAUGAAUACAUAUCUUCCUUCCACUAAUGGGCAUGUUGCAGGGGAACACCAGAUUGAUUAUAAGCAGAAGUAUAAAACAUUAAAAAAGAAAUUAAAACUACUGGUAUAUGAACAAGAAUGUUUUUUGGAAGAAUUACGAAAGGCUCAAGGGAAGUUACUCAAGGUUUCUAGAGACAAAAGUUUUCUCUUAGAUCGCCUGUUACAGUAUGAAAAGGUAGAUGAUUCCUCUGGAGAUUCUGACGCAACAGCAUCAAGUGACAGUGAAGCAGAUGGCCACACUUCUGGGAAAAAGAGGAAGAUUUCCUUGAGUCCAGGUCAGGCCCAGUUACCUUUUGGAUCAGAAGCCUCUACUAUAUUUGGAAAUCUUAGUAUGGCUGCUCUCUUUCAAGCUGCUGGGUCCUCGAGUUCAGAACCUGUGAAGAAGCGCUCUAGACCCUCCACAAAGAAAUCAAAAGCAAAAUCAAAGAUGGAGAAAGCUGAGAGCCGUAUGACAAGAGAGGAGUUGGAGAGACAUUUAGAGUCACGACAAAAUUCGUUUAAAAUUGAGAAAGCCCCUGCCAUGUUACCCAUGGAGAUAUUCAGCAAUGAUAACUCUAAUCCUGAUAGUGAGACAGCUGACACAAACAAAGAAGACUAUGAUUCAGAUCUGGUGAUUGAUGCCAGCUGACAACAUUGACAGCUGGUGAUUUCUGAACACAGUGCUCCCUGUUAGAUAUGACAUGUUCCUACAUACAUGUAUGUGCCCAGGACUGGUUUAAGGACUUUCAGGAAACAUUAUUCAUACAUGUUGUUAAUAUCCAUUAGCAAUUACUGUAAAAGCAGAAGUAUUCGUUUGAGAAUGGAGAUUUCAUUUUGAGUAUUUUGUUGUUAACAAUUAAUGUAUGUGGGAAAAUUUUUGCUUCCCUUUUAUUUUCCCCCCAUUUCGCCAUACUCACAGGUGGGUGAAUUUAAAAUGGGGCGAAUUCAAAGAAUACAGUAUAAUGUCUUAAACAGAACUGUGACUGGGCAAAUUUAAAUGGGGCAAAAUUGUUUUCAAGUGUGAAAGGGCGAAAAUAACACGGAGCAAAACUCCCUGUAUACAGUAUCAACAAAAUUAAAUCCCACACAAAAUUUUUAUAUGACUAUAUAUUGAAUAGAGUCACUUUCAAAACAAAAAAAUUUAAUGCCCACAAAACCUUUUUAGAUGACAAAGAAAUUUUAUUCCCAGGAAAAUUUGUGCUUCUACAGUAUGUAUGCAGUGUGUGUCUAAAAGUGACAUGCGAGAUAUACAUGUACAUGUAUUUUUGCCUUGAUAUAAUAUUAAAGGUGAAUAAUUUUAGCUCUCAUGUACUUUUGCUACUCAAUAUUAUUACUUAAAAUUUACUGAAGAUUGUAAACAAAAAAUUAAAGAUAUUUUUUGUCACUGAGAGAUCUGUUUGUUAUAUUCAUUCUGGAACAUAAAUUAUACACUGAAGUUUGACGAAAUGAGUUACAUAAUAUGUCAACUACCAGUACACAUAUUUUAAAAUGUACUUAAAAUGGUUUUUGUCACAUCUUUGAAGAAUUGACAUGGAAUGAAAAUUCUAAGGCUUAUUUGUUGUGGACAUAUAUGCAUGUACAUUGUAUUGUUUACACACCUCUCCUGGGGUAUUAAAAGGCACAUUCUUUACCUCUAUGCUUUUUAUGCCAGUUACUGACAAAGAAACUACCAAUAUGUAUUGGUGCAUGUUAAUUAUCUUCACAUGUAACUUUACUGUUUGUGUGUCCAAAUGCCACAUAUACAGUAUGUUUUUAAUAUACAAUGUAGAUGUACAAAUCAGAUGGGUAGAUUUAGAUAACUAUGCAACAAGCUUGUACAAUAUACAAAAAUGUUUGAAAAAUUUAAAUUUAAAAUGCUUACAUUUUUCAUUGAUAGACAAACUGUAAAUUCUAUAGGUAUUUAUUCCUUCUUAAGUUUAUAUUGAGCCUAUGUGAAAGUUUUAAAAUAUGCAAGUAUAACAAUGUUCAACAAGCAAAGAAUUGCUGUUGCUAGGUUGUACAUUCUCCUAUAUUGAUAAAAACUUACUAGUAUAUAAUAAAGUGGUCAAAAUUUUA